AUGGCAGCGAGCCGGUCGUUACGUAUAGGCCUCAUUCCUGGCGAUGGCAUCGGCCGCGAGGUCAUUCCGGCCGGCAAACGGAUUCUUGAAUCCCUGCCCUCCUCCCUAGGUCUGAACUUCUCCUUCGUCGACCUCGACGCCGGCUUCGAAUGUUUCAAGCGCACCGGAACCGCCCUCCCAGACAAGACGGUCGAGACGCUGCAGAAGGAAUGUGACGGCGCGUUAUUCGGGGCCGUGAGCUCCCCGACGACAAAAGUCGCAGGGUACACGUCCCCGAUCGUGGCGCUGCGCAAGAAGCUGUCCCUGUACGCCAACGUGAGGCCUUGCAAGACGACGGCAUCCCCCGCAUUCAAAUCGCCCACGCCCCAUCCUAUCGACCUGGUCAUCGUGCGCGAAAACACAGAGGAUCUCUACGUCAAGGAGGAGAAGACGUACAGCGACGGUGAAGGCGGCGAGAUCGCCGAGGCCAUCAAGCGGAUAAGUUCCAAAGCGAGCUGGCGCAUCGCCAAUAUAGCCGGUGAAAUCGCGCUGCGGCGGCAGGAGAUGCGCGACCAGUCCUCGUCAAGUCGAAACGAAGGCAUGGUCACAAUCGCCCACAAAUCCAACGUCCUCAGCCAGACGGAUGGACUCUUCCGAUCCACGGCGCGGCAGGCGCUGUCGCAGGAGAAAUUCUCGUCGCUGCGCGUGGAGGAACAGAUCGUCGACAGCAUGGUGUACAAACUCUUCCUGCAGCCAGAGUACUACGACGUGAUUGUCGCGCCGAACCUGUACGGCGAUCUGCUCAGCGACGGGGCUGCCGCACUGGUUGGGUCGUUGGGCCUCGUGCCCUCGGCCAACGUUGGUGAGGGGAUCGUUAUUGGCGAGCCGUGCCACGGGUCUGCGCCCGACAUUGAGGGCAAGGGCAUCGCGAACCCGAUCGCCACGAUUCGUAGCGUGGGCGUCAUGUUGGAGUUUUUGGAUCUCCCUGAUGCUGCGCAAGCUGUCUACAAGGCCGUGGAUGGCUCCUUGGGGGAGGGGAAGUUUGUCUCGCCCGACCUCGGGGGUAAGGCAAGCACGCAGGAGGUGUUGGACGAUGUAGUCAAGAGGCUGUAA